AUGGUAGAAAGAGGUACAUUAUCUACAUAUGCUGCUGCAGCCAGAUACAACAUCCCAAGAAGAACCCUACGCAACCAUCUAGCGAGUGGGUCGACUACACGAAAGCUGGGUCGGUCGACUAUAUUGACUCCAGAACAAGAAGCUGAACUUGUUAGAAGAAUCAUACGUUUGGCUGAUGUUGGAGUGCCGUUGACAGCAAAGAUGUUGCGCAUACAGGCUUUUUCAUUCUGUAAAAUUAAUAAAAUUCCAAACACUUUCAAUGAUGCCAAAAAUACCGCGGGGAAGAAAUGGUUAAGGCUAUUUCUCAAACGACACCGUGAAUUAGCACGUCGUAAAGCACAGAUGAUAAAUCCAGCUCGUGCUCAAAAAUUAAAUAAAGAUAUUGUUAGUGAUCACUUUUCCAAAUACAAAAGUGUGUUGGAUAGACUUGGAAUUGAACAUAAACCUGAAAGUAUUUACAACAUCGAUGAAAAAAAUUGUCGCAUAUCUUUUCACCAUCAGCAGGAAGUUCUGACAGCCAAAGGUAGAAAAAGAGUUCAUCAAGUAGCGAAUGAGCAUGCUGAAAGUGUGACUGUGGUAGUCUGCGGAAAUGCUUUAGGAUCAGCUAUCCUACCAAUGAUAUUGUUUAAAGGCAAGAGACUAAAGCCAGAAUUCCGGGACAAUUUACCUCCAGGCUCUCUGGUGAAGAUGACGCCAAAAACCAGUAUGACGACAGAAGCUUUCAUAGAGUUUAUUAAUCAUUUGAAUAAAUACAGAACAUCAGGGCCAUGUCUCCUCAUUUUUGAUGGUGCAAAAUGCCACCUGGACUUCACUAUUGUCGAGGAAGCUAAUAAAUAUGGCAUUACGUUAUAUUGUCUCCCAUCAAAUACCACGCACGAGUUACAGGACUAA